AGCGUCUGUUUGGAUACAAGUUGGAGAAGGCCAAACGCGAUUCUGGGGGCCACAAACGUGAUUUCAGGAAUUUCUGGCUUGUUUGGCAAAACAACAACGCGAUUUUCAUCAACGCGGUUUAGCAACCAGACGCGCGUAUGUGAGAAGCCAGGAUUCCUAGCUUUUGCGUUUAAGAAACGCGAUUCUGCCUUUUUUUUGUGGUAGGUAUUGUUUUCAUUACUGCCCAUCAAUUCUUCUCAAUUUUUCCAAUACAAACAAUUAAUACUGCAAAGCUUCUUCUUCCUUCUUCAUUACUACCCAUCAACUCAACUUUCAAUUUUUUUUCUGCAAAAGGAUUUUUUGCAUCUGUUUCCAGAUUUUCAGAUUUGGUGAAUCUGCAUAUCCCCUUUUAUUUAUUUCUGUCAUUACUGCCCAUUGUUUCUUCUCUCUAUAUAUGAGAUGUGUGUGAAUUAUUUGUGACAUAGAACUUAUCCUUUCCUUGUUCAUCCAAAGUCUGAAGUAUGGAUACACAUAAGAAGAAAGUUUUGGCGGUUCCCCCUUCAACUAAUGAUUCCAAAGCUAACUGGACGGAUCCUAAAGCGACUGAGAGCUUCCUCAAAGCAUGUUUCGAUCAAGUUACCAAGGGUGAACGCGUUGGUACGUGUUUUACUAAGAAAGGGUGGAAAGGUAUUGUUUCUCAAUUCAAUGCUUUAACCGGAAGGAAAUAUGACAAGAUAAAAUUGAAGAAUAGGUAUGAUAAUUUGAGAAAGGAAUGGAGAGUAUGGGAUAACUUAUUUGGAAAAGUUACCGGAUUAGGGUGGAAUAAUGAGAAGAAUACCGUUGAUGCACCAGAUGAAUGGUGGGAGAACAAAAUAUUGGAAAAUCCUCUAUAUGGAAAAUUUAGAGACAAGGGACUUCCAUUUGCUCAAGAACUAACCACACUUUUCAAGGAUGUAGUGGCUACUGGAGAGUUUGCUUUUGCACCAUCUAGUGGCAUAUUACCACCUAAGGGGUACUCGAGUAACGAUGAUGAGGAUGUGUAUCGCCCAUGCCUAAAGAAUCUUGGGUUGGAUGUGGAGGAAGGCUCGGGUGAUAGUGAAGAUGCAAGUGUUGGAGCAACAACCGAAUUUGGAAAUAUUAAUUUGAAUACUUCACAAGGAGCUGCUAGCCAAGUUAGUGGACAAAAGAGGAAGAGAGCUAGUGGCGCUGAAAAGAAAGGCAAGAAAAAAUUUACUCCCUCGGUCGCAAUUGCUCAAGCUGUUAAAGAGAUUGCGGAGACGUGCAAGUCACGAAAUGAUGCCAUAUCCAAAACUUCUAUUGGUGCAGUGAUGGCUGAAAUCCAAACCAUAGAGGAAGUUAUGAAUGAUCUACAACUUCAUACAAUGUGUUGUCAACUAAUGAUGUUUAGGUCAGCGAGGGAGAUGUUUGUAUCAUUGCGAGAAGAUAAGGAAAGAAGUUGCUCUAUAUUAAAAUGGAUGGUUGGAAUGAACACUUGGAACAAAAUACACAACAUGAUGAUGAUGAUGAUGUAAUUUUCGAAGAAGCUUCUCUUUUGGCUGCACUAGUUGGUGAGUAUGCAGUAAAUAAUUUAUGCAAAGAACCGUGUAGAACUAGUGAACUAACAGGUCAUUCAUGGGUUCAAGAAAUAUUACAAGGGAAUCCCACUCGUUGUUAUGAGAUGUUUCGAAUGGAAAAACACAUUUUUAACAAAUUAUGUACUGAAUUAAUAGAACAUGGUUUAAAGUCUUCUAAACGUAUGAGAGUUGAAGAAAUGGUUGCAAUGUUUCUAGUCGUUGUAGGUCAUGGUGUAGGCAAUAGAAUGAUUCAAGAAAGAUUUCAACACUCGGGUGAAACGGUAAGUAGACAUUUUCACCGAGUUCUUCAUGCUUGCCUUAAGUUGUCCUUCAAAUAUAUCAAACCCGAAGAUCCUAUGUUUCGUGAUUGUCAUGCCAAAGUAAAAAAUGACCAACGUUAUUGGCCAUUUUUUAAGAAUGCUAUAGGAGCGAUUGACGGCACACAUGUGUCAUGUGUAGUUAGUGCUAGUGACCAACCCAAGUUUAUCGGAAGAAAAGGGUAUCCGACACAAAAUGUUAUGGCUGUAUGUGAUUGGAAUAUGUGUUUCACUUUUGUAUUAGCUGGUUGGGAAGGUACUGCCCAUGAUGCUCGUGUUUUUGAUCAAGCUCUUACAAAGAGAGAGCUUAAUUUUCCCCAUCCUCCUCCUGGUAAGUAUUAUUUGGUAGAUUCUGGGUAUCCAACACCAGUCGGAUACAUUGGUCCCUAUAGAUGUGAACGCUACCAUCUUCCCGAGUUUAGGCGUUCAAGUGAAUUUGAAAAUCAUAAUGAAGUAUUCAAUUAUUACCACUCGAGUUUAAGAUGCACAAUAGAAAGAACUUUUGGGGUGUGGAAGAACAGAUUUGCAAUCCUACGUCGCAUGCCGAAGUUCAAAUAUGAAACACAAGUUCAAAUAGUAGUCGCAACAAUGGCAAUACACAACUUUAUCAGAAGAACUGCCGAAGUGGAUAGUGAUUUUAAUCUUUAUGAAGAUGAAAACACAGUCAUUCACCAUGAUGAAAUUCAUAGAUCAAAUAACUUGGAUCCGUCACAAGUUUUCAAUGUAGCUUCUUCGUCAGAGAUGGAUCAUGUUCGAGACUUAAUUCGUAAUCAAAUUAUAGAGUCUAGGUUAAAUAAUUAGUUUGUUAUAAUGUUGAACUUUAAAUUAUAUUUAUCUAUUUGUAAUUUUUAUUUAGAUUCUUUUUAUUUAAUUAUUAUGCUAAUUUAACAUUUUUAAGUGUAUGCCUUUAUUUAAAUAUUAUAUUUAACUAA